CGUAAACUCACUCGUUACUAACAUUGUUUCUUGUUUUAAAUUAUCCAAGAAUAAAUAAGAGAAGCACUUGUUGUCUGGAAACUUGCCCUUGUUGCACCCUCGGAGACAACAACCCCGAUGGAGAUAGAUACUCUCACCCCAUCGUCAUUCAAAGAUGGCAAGCCCGUACCCGCAACAUCUCGACGUCCAAUACGAACCAGGAACCGGAAACCAUUGUCGUGUACGGAAUGCCGCCAGCAGAAGAUCAGAUGUAACCGUGAGAAGCCAUGUGAUAGCUGCGUCCGAUAUAAGCGUGAUUGCAGAUAUAGCUCGGUAUCAGAUCGGCAAAAACGACUAGGCAUCGCUAAUGGUCAAGACAAGAGCAUUGGAAAUAAGACAUCCAAGGGUAGUCUUUUGAAAUGGAGUGAUCAUACUGGCUCUAGUAUAGAUUCCGAUUCGUCAGGGUUUGCGAGCGCGAUUUCAGGCCCAUCAUCGGCUUCCUCGACAAGUCAAGAUAAAGGACCAGCUCACCCUAACCAUACCCAAGACCAGAACGACAACACCAAGAGACAUCGGAUCGGGUAUGCGAGCUACAAGGAUAAGAACGUCAAAUUUAAAGGUCCCUCACACUGGGCUUCCAUCACUGGGAAAUUCGAAGAAAUCGAGCCAUUCAUGUUCGGAUGCAGCCCAGCUUUCAAAGAAACUUCCAAACGACUCAAGGAGUGCAAACGCUUCUAUUCAAGCCGAACAAAACGCAACAGAAAUUUCCCAUUCCGUCAUGGCAAGCAUAGCAAUUUCGUCCCGCCAGAAUCCGUCCUGUCAAUACUCCCGGAUCGACAGCUAGUUGAGUCGUUCAUCAACAAUUAUUUGACCACCUUUGAGAUGACACAUCGGCUUUUACAUAUUCCGACUUUUAAGAUGGAACUUGAUGAAUUCUGGAUUAAUUCGCAAGAUGCCUGUCCUGCAUGGCUUGCACAAUUUAUGAUGAUGUUGGGUCUUGGCUGUCCACGUGCGAAACGAGUGGAGGAUAUCAAGAUGGUAGACGGCUUUCUCGACGCCGCGGAAUUUUAUCUCAGCGAGACAUCGUUCAUGUAUAAACCCAGCUUGGUGACAUUAAGAGCCAUGUGUAUGAUGGCCAUUGCGAAACACAUCGACAUCGUUGCUUUCGACGAUUCGGAUGGACUCUGGAGCUUCAUGGGCGUUAUCCAACGACUCGCUAUGUCCAUCGGUCUCCACCAGGAUCCGAGCCACUUCGAGGAUAUUGGAGAUAUGCCACUCUUAGAGAUGGAAAUGAGGAAGCGACUCUGGACCACUUUCAUGUGCCUCGAUGUGCAAAUGUCCAUGGAGUCAGGGAUGCCGAUCCUGCUCGCUUCACCUGACUUUGUGGUUCCGGAACCGAGAAACUUCAACGAUGAAUACAUUUCCUUGGAGUCGGAUACAUCUUUCUUGCCUGAUCCCAAGAUCUUCACAUCUUCUUCACACCAGCGCGUACUGGCACAAUCGCUUCCACUAGCAAUCAAAAUCAACUCCCUGAUCAACUCCCCCAAUCAGCCAAUCGACUCAAACACCGUCCUAGCACUCAGCCAUCAAGUCAAACACCUUCUCAAAGACGCUGAGAAUACGUUCAAAUCUGCUUCCAUACAGUAUCCAGACUGCCCUUGCGUCAACCAUCAAAGAAUAGCCACAGAAGUCUUCUUCCGCCGCCUCCUCCUCGCCCUCCACCGCGAACAAUCCCUCGCCCCAGACUCCAUCACCCUCCACCCCGAAUCCUACUUCACCUCCCUCUCCUGCUCUUACUCCCUCAUAAUCCUCCAACGCACUUUCUACGAAGAAUCCUCCACAUCCACAUCUACAUCCAACGAAUGGCUCGCCGAGCUCUUCAAAGCCGACUUCCUCAUCGCAGCCCUCUAUGUCUCUCUCGGUCUCUGGCAGAACACACUCUCCGACAAACAAUACACAUUCGGUGUGCAGAUGCCGGAGCGGGCCACGGCCAAGAUUGCCAUGGAUGCGUGUUUGGGGAUUUGGGGGAGCAAGAUUGCGAUUUCGCUGGAUCACUGUAAGACGCAUUAUACGUUGGGGAUGGUGCUGAGGGGCAUCGAGGCGAGGGAGGAGAGGAGCGAUUUGUUGGCUGCGAUGGAGAGGGCGGCGAUGGCGACCAUUGCGACUGUUGAGGAGGCGUUUUCGGGGAUGAAGCAAUGAUUAUGGGGACUUGAUGAAUUCUUGGUGUCGCUUUUGAAUGAAAAUAGAAACUUUGAAUGUGGUCUACGUGGUUAGGAUUCGAGGACGAGUCGGGGUGUCGCUCCGCAGCUCUUUAUGUAUCAUUCAAGGGAAUCCAUCCUGAGACCUGCAUGCCGGAGAUACAGAAAUGACAAGGCCGUGCUCGGGGCAGAAUGUAUGCAUUUCUGUCGACUCUCAAGGGGUCGCCCCCAAUAUGUCAGAUUCAUGCCAAGCGUAUAAACCGCUUUGAGAGAAUUAACCCCGAGUUGGUUCGGGUCUGACAGCAGCCAAAAUUUCGUGGAUGGACAAUCUACAGUUGGCAAAAAAAAGGCGAUCCCACUGACGUCAAAGACUCACCGUGUAGGUCAAAUGAUUUAUAGUAAUAGCUUUGGAAGAGAAAAGACGAAGUAAUAGAAGCUGGUGGGCAUGAUUGUCACUAUUCGAUUCUAUGGACAGGUUUAUACAGCUCUGUAGACUGUGCCAUGCAUAUUUUAGUAAAGCGUAAGGCAGGCUGCAGGCAAGCCGCUGGACAGAAAGAAGAUCAAGGAGAAAAGAUAACUCAUGUCGAAUAAGCGAGGAAAGCCGCUCCAUCACAUCGACCAAGAACCGAUAUUCCUCUUCUCCUUCCUUUCUUUCUGUCCCAGAGCCUGUUUUACCUAGCCUUUGAAGCUCAUUCCAUCCACAGACGAACUUACAGUACAGUACUUCCGUCAAGGAAGGAAAAUAAUCCCCCUCACCUCGUCUCGCCUCGCCUCGCCAAACCUCGGUACCCCUUUUCCGGCACCCAGACGAC